AGCUCAGAGUCUGGUCACUUUACCUCCCCGGGGGCAGUUCUACUCUUCCUAAAACGGCUGCACGGCCAGGAGAGGUGUGAGAGCAUGGAAAGGGGGAAGGUGGGCGUGCGUCCAGAGUUGUACAGGCUACAGAGAGCGCCCAAGUGCGAAGCCGUGGACACAGUCGGUUGUCUCCGAGAAGAUGCGGACGUGACUGAUGAAUCGCAAAUCCUGGCUGGUGCUCACAAAGACAGACGUUUCUCUCCACCAUUCGGGGGCACGAGAGAUCCGAGACAUCCGGGAAGAAGAUGCAGCCGGCCGACCGAAGACGGCAGCCCCCAAAGCGCUGAGGGGAGUCCCUCCAGGCGUUUCCGUGGCGGCUCCAAGUUUUCUCCAUGAUGUCCUGUAACAGCACGUCCAUUGAGACUUUCGAAUACGCGCUGCUGACCGGGAGCAACUCAUCGGACACCUGGGCGACCACCCCGCCCGCGCCCCUCAGGGUGUGCUUGGCGGUGAUCAUGCUGCUGAUGAUGGUCGUCGGACUCCUUGGCAAUGCUGUCGUCUGCGUCAUCGUGUACCAGAGGCCGGCCAUGCGCUCCGCCAUCAACCUGUUGCUGGCCACGCUGGCCUUCUCCGACAUCAUGCUGUCCUUAUGCUGCAUGCCCUUCACCGCCGUCACGCUCAUCACCGUCCACUGGCACUUCGGGGAUUACUUUUGCCGGCUGUCGGCCACACUCUACUGGUUUUUUGUCCUGGAGGGCGUGGCCAUCCUGCUCAUCAUCAGCGUGGACCGCUUUCUCAUCAUCGUCCAACGCCAGGACAAGCUGAACCCCCGGAGGGCCAAGGUGAUCAUCGCUGUGUCCUGGGCGCUGUCUUUCUGCGUGUCUGCUCCCUCGCUGGCUGGCUGGACCAUCGUGGAGGUGCCGGCGCGGGCCCCCCAGUGCGUACUGGGCUACACAGAGUUCCCGGCCAGCCGCGCCUACGUGGUGACGCUGGUGGUGGCCGUGUUCUUCGUGCCCUUUGGCGUCAUGCUGUGCUCUUACCUGUGCAUCCUGCACACCUUCCGGAAGAACGCCACCCGCGUCCACAACCAGUCCGACAGCCUGGACCUCAGACAGCUCACCAGGGCCGGCUUGAGGCGGCUCCAGCGGCAGCAGCAGGUCAGCUUGGACUUGAGCUUCAAAACCAAGGCCUUCACCACCAUCCUCAUCCUCUUCGUGGGCUUUUCGCUGUGCUGGCUGCCGCACUCGGUCUAUAGCCUCCUGUCCGUGUUUAGUCGCAGGUUCUACUGCAGCCCCUCCUUCUACACCACCAGCUCCUGCAUCCUGUGGCUCAGCUACGUCAAGUCUGUCUUCAACCCCAUCGUCUACUGCUGGAGGAUCAAAAAAUUCCGCGAGGCCUGCAUAGAGUUGCUGCCCCAGACCUUUCAAAUCCCCCCCAGAGUGCCUGAGCGGAUCCGAAGGAGAAUCCAGCCAAGCACGGUCUAUGCCUGCAAUGAAAAUCAGUCCGCCGUCUAGAGAGAGGCAGGCAGAGGGGAGGAGGCGCGCAGGGCCUGGGGCUGGACCGAGCCCCGCUGUCGGUCUGCUCUGCUUCCUGGCACUUAAGUCGCACUUGGCGUUUUGUGGUGGUCAUUUAAGCACAAAGGUACUCAUUUGUUACCAGAUGAGCUGCUACUCCCAAGUUUGCAAGAUGAAGUAUUUUUGUAUCUUGCUGAAGGGUGUGGGUCUGAUGGAACCUGGAAGGUAGUUAAGAUGCUUGGAAACGGGUAAAUAGGUGCAGAAGGUGGGCAGAAAGUUAGGGGAGAGGAGGGCAGCUGGGAGUGAGGUUGGCUGAGUGUGGAGCAGGAGGAAAGCUCUGUCUGAAGAGUUCCGUCUGCACCAGCUUAAGAGAAACCCCCAUAGUGCCAUAUUGCGAUGUGAGAAACCCAACUGGGUGUCCUUUAUUUGACGCCAGCAUUCCUCAGAGGCAUUUACCUUUGUGAUUCAUGGGGAAAAGUGCAAGGUUCUUUACGUUGAUCAGAUGUGCAUUUCUGACCAGGCCAAACCAUUCUUUCUAGAAACCAAAAUCACACUGGGAAGCAGAGUGAGCCCCUGUGCUUCUCUGUUCCCAUUGUGACACGUUGGAGGCCUCAGUGGCUCAAAGCCCAGGGACAGUCCAGCGGCAGCUCAGCUGAGAUGAGAAGCCCACCCGAGUGCUUGUGCAUGUUCCACACCCCUCCUACCUGCAUAACCCACCCUAUCCCUGUGACCCGAAGCCCUUCAUCCUCACUGUCUGCGGUGACGGUCCCUCUGCCCCUUCUUCUUUCCCUUCACAGUUUCCCAUGCCUCCAUCAAUAUCCAGUGCACAGAAAAAACACAGCCCUUCUCUUAUACUUCAUCUUUUCAGCAAGUGUUUGUAGCGACUUGCUUUCAGUCUCACAAGUGGUCAAUGGGUUUUGUUUACACGUUUCCUCUCCACACCCUGAGGCUGCAGCUUCUGUGAGCUGCCACAUCCACCUCAGCUGUGGAACUGCAAGCAGGGGGCGUACUAGACACCCAACCAGCUGGCAGUUCCUCAUUGAUCUCUGUGCUCCUCCUACCUCAUUCAGAUGCUGUCCUCUGGGCCACAUAUUCACAACCUUGGUCCUAGUGCCCAAGUAGGACUGGGAUCCCAGGACUGAAACUGCCUAGAGGGGACCUUUCUGCUUGUGCUGCAUCCUUGGCCACUGUACCCAAGGCCGCCCAUUACCACAGGGAGCUUCUGACGUGGUAUCAACUUUCCUCAGUUCAAGGCACACCACUGAGUCCAUGAAGCUCUCUACAGUUUCAGAUCUGAAGAGAGUGGGGCGUUUAAAGAGAAAUUCAGAAAACCUGAUUCCAAGUCUAUCUAGCAAGAACUAGUCAUGUGACCUUGUUCGUUGCAUAUCACUUCUCUGGGCCUCAGUUUCCCCAUUUGCCAAGUGAGGAAGCAGGUCUAGAUGAUCUCCAAUGUCUCUUUCAUCUCUCAGACACUCUGAUUCUAAAAUGUAUGUGCUGUCUGCUCGUGGUCAGCAGAACCCCUGCACUCGUUUAUUUAUCCAUUCAAUGAGCCUUUAUCAAGUGCCUACUAGAUGCAGGGCACUGCGGGGGAGAAAGUGAUGGACACACGCAGGCUGUGCCCAAAAGCAGUCGUCCGAUUUAUCUCAAAGAUAAUAGUAACUCAAAUUUGGCCCAAAUACACAGAUGUUCCCUUUUGUUUCUCUUCUUGUUUCCUUUCCAAGGUAGUAUUAAGAGGCCAGCUCCUCGUUCUCACACUUGCUUCCUGUGGUACUGGUGACAGAGACAGGGAAAAAGGGAGUUGAGGAGAAGAAUAUACUUUAACUAAGCCCAGAGGAGGAUUUGUCCAGAAAAUAGCUGACAUCUUUUCUCACUCACUGCAUCCUCUUUUUAUACCCAGGUGGACAAAGAAAGAUGGCAGUUGGUAUGUGGUUGAGGUGGGACCCACCAAUUCUGUGUCCCGAGUGCCCCUAGCAAGGUCAGGGUUUGCCUUCAGCUCCUGUGAGGCAGACUUGCAUAGCCUCAGUGGUGGCCAAGGGCACAGCCAGACCACUGAGGGGACCAGCCAGUGGGCACCUCCCCUCUGGUGGACAUUUAAGAGAUUGCUCCUCCAGCGCCUUGAGUGAAAGAGAAAUCACAAAGCUGAAUGAAUGAAGGUACCAAAAUUUAUAUCAAUCAGUGUUAUAUGAUGUA